AUGUUCCAAGCCCUCAAAGAAAGCAUGACAGAAAAAGUCCAAACCCAACCCAAAGACGCGGACGGGAAACCCAGCACCCAAGAAAAAGUACUCGCGCAAAUCAACGAAAAAAUAAAAGCCGCCCAAGAAGCCAGCGAACACGCAACCCAAGCACGAGAAAAAGCAGACUCGCUUCCAGAUACUGAAGAUGCGCAGGAGCAAAAAGCGAAAUUGGUAGAGGAGGCGCAGAAGUUGGAGAAGAGGGCACAUUCGGAGUUGAAAAUUGCUCAGAGGUUGCAGAGUGGCGUUUGGCAGGGUGGUGCUGGGGGCGCGGGGAUAGGUGCGGGUGUGGGGAUGGGGCUGGGGACGGUGGUGGGAAGUGUGGUUGGGGGGGUCGUGAGUGUGCCGACUACGGGGUUGGGGUUGUUGGCUGGAGUUGGGGCGGGGGCUGCUCAUGGGCCUUGGUUUAAGUUGCCGAGGAUUGGGGGGGAGGAUGGGGAGGAGGGGGAGGUGAAGGGGGAGGGGAAAGUGGAGGAGGGGGAGCUGGAGAAUGUUGAGGCGAAGACUGAGGGGGAGGGGGAGGAGAAAGAAAAGGGGCAAGAGAAGGAGCAAAAUCAAGAGAAAAAGUGA